ACAAGCCUUUUUUCUUCCUACAUGAAGAAGAAUUACUGCACUUAUUGAUGAAUUAACCAAUCGAAAUACCUAGUUAGCAAAAGGCAUUCUGUCAGAAAUCCUACUGGCGUAGAUUCUUCAUCUCUGAAUGAAAUAUAUGCUGAUUUAACUUCGGCAGUUGCAUAUAGACUUCACAACGUAUUAUUUGAUUUCGAUCCUUGGCAACAACUCCUUGAGAAAAAAAACUAUCAAACAAAAGGAAGAGGAAAAGUUAAGUAUGUGAAGAAACCUAAAGGAUUUAUUUCCAUUGGAAGCGAGCAUAUGCUCUAUUAAAAAAGAAUAUCCAAUCAAACAUAGGAGAAAUCCCAGAAAAUCAAAAGAAACAACUCUUCUUUUGGUAAAUAGACAAAGAAAGAGCAGAAUGUAAAGCAACAACAACCAUAAUCUAAUCCAUUUGUAUUUUUCCUGUUUCUUUCAUAUAUCAAUUCACACUCUUGAUCUUAACGGCCAUUUUGAACAAGUUCGUUACUCACUAUGGGAAUUUCUUGUGUAUCAAACCAAAUCUUCCGAAUUCUUAACCAAGACAAACAACUUUCCGCUACCUCUGAGCUGGUCAUCCCUCUAUAUUAUGGACUUCCUCCCUUCGCAUUCUCAGCACAUCCCCAUUUCUCAAAUCAUCUGCUGCGAAAGGUUGCUCCAGCUAUGGCGGAUGGGACCAAAGCCAUCUUCUUAGCCCUUGACAAUGCUAAGACCCAAUUCUACCAUUUCAAGGCGAUCGUUAUUGCUGGUAUGGGAUUCUUCACUGAUGCUUAUGAUCUCUUCUGCAUCACGACUGUCACCAAGCUCAUAGGCCGCCUCUACUACUAUGACCCUGCCCUGCCUAAGCCUGGCCCUGGUAAGCUCCCGGACAACGUAAACAAUUCCAUAACGGGAGUUGCUUUGUGUGGAACUCUAUUAGGACAACUAUUCUUUGGAUGGCUUGGAGAUAAGCUCGGUAGGAAGAAAGUUUAUGGGAUAACUCUAGUUACAAUGGUGGGGUGUGCAUUGGCUUCUGGCCUUUCCUUUGGCUGCACAGCUAAAGGUGUUGUAGCUACUCUCUGUUUCUUCCGCUUUUGGCUUGGUUUUGGCAUUGGAGGGGACUAUCCACUCUCUGCCGUAAUCAUGUCAGAAUAUGCCAAUCAGAAAACCCGAGGAGCCUUCAUAGCCGCUGUCUUCGCAAUGCAAGGAAUGGGAAUACUGUUUGCAGGAGCUGUUUCCACAAUCCUAUCCAAGAUAUUCAUGGUUGCUUUCAAAGCUCCUAAAUUUAAUGAAAACCACAUACUAUCCACUCAGCCUGAAGCAGAUUUUGCUUGGCGGAUUGUGCUCAUGUUGGGUGCAAUCCCUGCAGCUUUAACCUUUUACUGGAGAAUGAAAAUGCCUGAAACUGCCAGGUACACUGCCUUGGUUGAGGGAAACCACAAGAAGGCUGCUGCAGAUAUGGCGACUGUGCUUGAAAGUGACAUAUAUGUUGAAGAAACAGGCUCCAAGCCUCCUGCGAAACCCAACAGCUCUUCAUAUGGAUUCUUCUCUUCUGAGUUCCUUAGGAGGCAUGGGAUUCACCUUCUAGGUACAACUAGCACCUGGUUCUUAUUAGAUAUUGCCUUCUACAGUCUGCAGUUAACCCAGAAAGAUAUCUACCCUGCGAGUGGACUGGUAUAUAAGGCCUCGAUAAUGAAUGCAUUAGAAGAGAUGUACCAAAUCUCUAGAGCAAUGACCAUAAUCGCACUCUUAGCAACUGUUCCUGGAUACUGGUUCACUGUCUUCCUGAUUGACAAGAUUGGUAGGUACAUAAUCCAACUUGGUGGCUUCCUUCUCAUGUCGAUUUGCAUGGCAAUUCUUGGUAUCCAGUAUGGGAAGCUUAGAGGAGAGAAAUCCAAGUGUGGGCCAACUUCCAAACAUGAUUUCUGUGAAGGCAAACCCGCAUUAUUUGUGGUUCUCUAUGGGCUUACCCUCUUCUUUGCCAACUUUGGACCCAACAGCACAACAUUCAUAGUCCCAGCAGAGCUCUUCCCUGCAAGAUUUCGCUCAACAUGCCAUGGUAUCUCAGCAGCAGCAGGAAAAGCUGGAGCUAUAAUUGGUGCAUUUGUUGUACAGACCUACACAUUAGAAGGAAAUUCAAAGAAAAUCAAGAAGGCAAUCAUUGGACUUGCUGUGGUAAACUUGAUUGGGUUUUUCUUCUCUUUCUUGGUGCCAGAAACAAAAGGCAGGUCGCUUGAGGAAAUCUCCGGAGAGGACAAAGAACUCGAUGGUCAUGCAAAUGAGAAUGGUAGAAACUACAAUGCUCGUACUGAGAUGAUUUAAUUCUUAGGUGUGCUGAUUCCUUUUCGACACAAUCACAAACUAUAGGCAUGCAUCAAUAAGAACAACUUGUUCCAUUUCUUCUUCCUCUUUACACAUAUAAAUAAAGGAUGGGAAAAGAGACUCUACUUUUGAUUGUCACAGAAGGGACUGUAAGCACGCAUUCAUAAAAAAUUACUCAACCAAAAAACAACAAAAGUAAUACAAUCAUGAGUGUGCUUUUCACUUUUCUUCGAUGUUUGCAGUUUGGAAUAAACUUGUAAUUGUAAUGUGGUACGGCAUCAGCAUGUCUCUGUUACAAUAUUUUUUCAGCUACUAUCCCUCCAGAAUUCUGUUAUUGCCCAAAUGUUCUAAUGCUACACAAAAUUUUGUACACUAGUUUAUUCCUCCUGUUAUGAUGUGGCUUGUACUCGUAUGUGAUUUCAGUGUGACAUAUUAUAAGAUCUGCGGUGGGAGAUGAGCAUUUUACCUAU